CAUGUAUCGUGUGUAUGCAUUAACUUCUCCAAACAGUCAACGACAACAAAGUAUAAACAAACACAUCUUCGUAAAAUUCACCCGAUUAAAGUACUACUUGUAUUAAUUAACCAUCUCUUCUCUUACCUUAGUUGCAUUUAUUGCACAAUUUUCAUUCAAAACAACACAUCACAAGAUUCACAACACCAAAGAAAACACUAGAGCAUCAUGGAAGGAAUAGAGCACAGAACAGUAGAAGUAAAUGGCAUCAAAAUGCAUAUUGCAGAAAAAGGAAACAAAGAAGCACCAGUUGUUCUGUUCCUUCAUGGCUUCCCUGAACUCUGGUACUCAUGGCGUCACCAGAUUGCUGCUCUCAGCUCCCUAGGCUACCGUGCCGUGGCGCCAGAUCUCCGUGGCUACGGAGACACUGAUGCUCCGGCUUCGGUUAGUAGCUAUACAAUCCUUCACUUGGUAGGUGAUGUUGUUGCUCUAAUUGACUCACUUGGUGUUGAUCAAGUUUUUCUAGUGGCUCAUGAUUGGGGUGCUAUCAUUGGUUGGUAUGUUUGUUUGUUUCGCCCUGAGAGAAUCAAAGCUUAUGUUUGUCUCAGUGUUCCAUUCUUACCAAGAAAUCCUAAAGUCAAACCUGUUGAUGGCAUGCGAGCUUUGUUUGGAGAUGAUUAUUAUAUCUGCAGAUUCCAGGAACCCGGGAAAACAGAAGCUGAAUUUGCGAAAGGUAGUCCGGAAUUGGUUAUCAAGAGAAUGCUUACAAGUCGGAGUCCUAAGCCACCAAUUCUUCCCAAAGAAGGCUUGUUAUCUCAUCCCAAUGUUUCAAGUACAAAGGCUCUCCCUUCUUGGCUCUCACAGGAAGACAUCACUUACUAUGCUUCUAAAUUUGAAAAGUCAGGAUUCACCGGUGGCCUUAACUACUACAGAAAUCUCAACUUAAAUUGGGAGCUCACAGCAGCAUGGACAGGAGCAAAAAUUAAAGUACCGGUGAAGUACAUCAUAGGUGAUUUGGAUAUGGUUUACACUACUUUUGGUACAAAGCAAUACAUUGAGAGCGGUGGUUUCAAGAAAGAUGUGCCAAAUUUGGAGGAAGUGGUUAUACAAGAAGGUGUGGCUCACUUCAACAACCAAGAAGCUGCUGAGGAAAUCAGCAAUCACAUUUAUGAUUUUAUCAAGAAAUUCAAUGCAGAUAACGAGUUAUUUCUACUUUCUAUGCCGUGGGCCGUGGCGCCAGAUCUCUGUGGCAAUGGCGACACCAAGGCUCCGGCUUCGAUCAGUAGUUAUACGAUUUUUCACUUGGUGGGUGAUGUCGUUGGUCUCAUUGACUCACUUGGUGUAGAUCAAGUCUUUCUUGUGGCUCAUGAUUGGGGUGCCUUAAUUGGUUGGUAUCUUUGCUUGUUUCGUCCUGAACUAAUCAAGGCUUAUGUUUGUCUUAGUAGCCCCUUCCUCCGUAGAAAUCCUAAUAAAAGGAUCGUUGAUCACUUGCAUGAUUUUUAUGGAGAGGACUACUAUGUCUGCAGAUUUCAGGAACCGGGCAAAAUGGAAGCUGAGAUGGCUGAGGUUGGAGCUGCAUAUGUGCUGAAGAAUAUCCUGAAAACUCGAAAAACUGGUCCUCCAAUAUUUCCAAAGGGAGAGUAUGGAACUGGAUUUAAUCCAGAUACUCCUGACACCUUGCCCUAUUGGCUUACAAAAGAUGAUCUUACUUAUUUUGUCACAAAAUUUGAGAAAACAGGGUUCACUGGGGGAUUAAACUACUACAGGAACAUAGAUUUACUCUGGGUGCUCACAGCUCCAUGGAACGGAGCAAAAACCUUGGUUCCAGUAAAAUUCAUUACAGGUGAGUUGGAUAUGGUGUACACGUCGCUAGGCAUGAAAGAGUACAUUCAUGGUGGAGGUUUCAAGGAAGAUGUGCCCAAUUUGGAGGAAGUGAUUGUGCAAAAAGGAGUAGCUCAUUUCAACAAUCAAGAAGCAGAAGAAGAAAUUAGUAAUCACAUUUACGAAUUCAUCAAGAAGUUCUAAUAUGUUCCAUUAAUGUACAAAUAAUGCUGUUGUCUCCAUCCACUUUGGUUUAUUUUAUACUUUUAGUAUAUGAUGAUGUAUAAUAGUUGUAAUACUUAUGAAACAUCAAUAAGGGGUUAAUCUGGAAGUUAACUAUCUGUUGUUGAAGAAUGAAGAUGAACAAAAUUUUAUUGAACUGAAUUUGUUUCAAAUCUGCUUAGGCUUUGAUAGUUUGAUUUGAAAGUACAAAUAGAUUAUACCAAAUGUUUGAAUAUAUAAAAGAAUUUCUUAUGCCUAAUGUCAAUUUCACUAGAGUACAUCAAAUCAAAUUUGAGUGGUAAAUGCAAGGUGCACAACACUGUCCAUAUUACUGAAUCUUUGUUAAGAUAAAUAUAACAAACUGUAUAUUGAUAAAUCAAAAGUUGAAUUUCAAGAGUAUCAAAACUAUUAAAAGACACUGAACAAAAUUAUCCACUCAAACCC